AUGCCAAUCUUCAAAGACCAGGAGCAACAAGAGCUCAUCCAUCAUCACCCAUGGCCUCCCAAACCACUGAAACAAAACGCUGAGAGAGAGGAAGUUAUUGCUGAUACUUCCUCGUGGGCGUCCAAUAUGGACGCACGCAGUGGCCCUCAGCGAUUGCAAACGAGUGAUCGUGAAGUGUUAAUACGAAGCAUCAAGAAGGGUGAAAGUCCUACUUGGGUUCCUAAUCGUUCUCUGGAAGAGUAUUUCGCAACCCAUGGAGACCCUCCACACUCAAGGCUUGAAGGCCAGCUGAACAUAGAGAAAUCCCAUCCUCUCCUCCCUGCUGCAGAAAUAAAGAAAUCACCAGAGCGUGGUUGCAACAGUGAAAUAUUGACAAGUUGUGCGUCUGAAAUCGAGAGGCCAAGGUCAGCCUUGCAUUCGGGUGACUUUCGCGAGGGAUCACCCCAAGACCACCAACCAGGCGAUCAAGAACCUUUUGGGCCGGAUCCCAGUCGUGUUCGUUUUAAUUCUUCUCCAACCACACCAUGGUAUACACCUACAAGUCCACCACGGCCUACAAGGCAGGAUGUCGACUCAAUUUUGGCCAGAAGUCGGGCAAGGGCUCCGUCCUUGAAUUCAUUUUCUUCAAGUUUUAUUCUUAAGGCCCCGACAAGUCCGCUAGUCCACCAGGCCAAUAAUACCGACCUCGACUUCUCAUCCAAGAUUGAUCCUCUCGAUCUAUCUUCCAGCUCUGAUAACACUAAUCGUCGUCGUACAUUACCGCCAGAAUCCUUUAUGUCCUUCCAAUCUUCUCCUCCCGGAUCCCUUAGAGGAGCCAUGGCUCCGAACUCUUCCCGGUCUUGGAGAAGAGAGGCAACUUUCCCCUACCAAGCCCACCAGCCCCGAAGGUCGUUAACGUCAGCUUACACUCUCCAACCCGCAUCAUCCCCACAAACACCUUUCAUAGCACGCUCGAGAAGGCCAUCCUUUUCCACCGAUAUCUCCUCCCCACUUCAUCAUGCAACUAUGGUCGGAUCAUAUGAAGAAUCCAUUUUACGAGGGAGAAUGUCGACAUCCCCGUCUAAACCUCUGGAUUUCACCGCUCAAAUCGGUGUACUUGGGAGAGAAGUGGGCACUACUAUGUCAGAUGUGAAUACAAAUGUUACAACACAACAGGAAUGGCGUAGGAGGGAGAAGCGAUCGCGACGGUCAUCAUCUCCAAAAUCACCUCCUGGAGGGUGUUACAGAAUACCACAACUAGGCCAACUACAAAUCAUCAUUAAAAAUCCCAACAAAACUGCAGUGAAACUAUUCCUCGUUCCUUACGAAUUAGAAGGAAUGGAACCAGGAACUAAAACCUUUAUCCGACAGCGAAGUUAUUCAGCUGGACCGAUUAUUGACAUGCCCCUGUCAGCCAGGACAAAUAUUGGAACCGACCCAACAGAAGCUUCCUUGGGUAUGAACGAAGAUCCAGCCGGCAAGCCGAUACUAAGAUAUUUGAUUCAUCUGAAUAUUUGCUGUCCUUCCCGCGGUCGCUUUUACCUCUACUCGGGAAUCCGUGUCGUUUUUGCGAAUAGGGUCCCGGACGGUAAAGAGAAGCUGAUAAAUGAAAUUCAGUACCCUGAUCCUCAAUAUAGCCCUUAUAAACCCUCCAAGGAAAUUGCCAGUAGGCACAGAAAUGCUGGUUAUGGGCCUGGUUUACAGCCCAUAACUCCAAUGAGGAUUGGCCUCAAUAAGCGCGAGCCUAACUUUUAUGCUCAGACGCCUCCACUACCCCAUUUAAAGACGCUCAAUUUCGGUCUCCCCGUUCAUGCGUCUGGAAAUGCUCGCCUAGAUGCCUCGGAUUGCGAGAAACGUGGGAUGGAGGAGCAUGAUCCACAUGGCCCUCACUCGCUGUUUGGUAAUUUUUCGAGUCAAGCUCCUUCUAACCCAAAUGACCUCCCCACUCUUCCGCUAUCUUCAAUUAACUCGUUACCUUCGCUCGACCUGCCAAGUUCGAGUGCAGACGCAAGUAAUAUGUACAGCAAACGGCAAAAGGGUGAUGUUGGAUAUGGAAGCCCUUCCGGGAUGAGCUCGAUCGGAAGCGAAACGGGAGAGAGCCUACUGGCGCGAAAACUGAGAAAGCUAGAUGUUAUGUUAAAUCCAGACGUGUCGGACGAAAAACAAGGCGGGGAGCGAAUGGCAACGGCGUUGAAUUGGAUAAUUAUCAGCAAAUCGGCUGAAUGA